UUCUAAAGUGAAAAAACUCGCUCCAUUUUUUCGUCCCCCACCCAAAAAGUGAAGCAAAAUUGAGCAUAAGAAGAGUUGAGUCAGUUAGGAAGCUUCGAGAUGGUACGCAUACAUGUGAAGCACGUUGAUAGCGAGUUUCUGUACGACACUGAAACUACUUCAACAAUUGAUGAAAUCGCUAAACACAUUAUCGAAAUCGCCAAUCUCCAAUCUGAAAUUCAGUUCCUCUCCCUCAAAUUCAAGCCUCAUUUCUCCAAGCUUCAAAAUGAUCCUAAAGUGAUGCCUCUGGUUAGAGCCCUCUCCGAAGCUACAUCGUAUGCUUCAAAGGACCAGGUUAUACAUAACAAGCCUCUAUCACUUUAUGUACUAAGAGAUCACACAAGAAGCAUUGAGAAGGAAUUCUUGGUAACAUAUUCAGUAAUGGGAUUACCAAGUUCCGAUUUACAGCAUUUCUUGUCAGACUUGCAGCUCCUUGAAGAAAAUACAGUGCAACUUUUAUGGGCAGGAAAAGAGCUCACCAAAGGGAAAAAGUUGUGUGACUUUAUAGGAAGAAAUGAGAAGACAAAGAUCGUAAUCAGCCUGCAGUCACCUAUUCCAGCCCCUGCAUCACUUUCUGGUGGAGAAAAAUCUUGAAAUAAAAUGAUGCCGUCUGGUCUUUGAAUGACUUUCAAAUCGGCAAACACACUCCUCUUGAAUGGCUUUCUUGUUUAUUGGUGUGCAUCAUUCCUGUCUGAGCGGCAAAGGUUUGUGACUUCAUUCCUGCCUGCUAGUUGACUGCAUAUUACUGUUGAACGGAAACUAUUUAUCUACCCCUUGCAUCUCAACUACAACCACUAUCCUAAGAGAUCUAAAGCUUUUUUUAGGAAAAUGAUAUCCGACCUACUGGAUCUAAGAGUUCUAAAGCUUAAUAUGCUACUAGUCAUACUCGGUGAUCAAGUCACUAAUUCCUAUCUGUAAAUUUAACGUAUAUUACUUUUGGAUUUUUGUCAUCCAAGAAGUUUUAUUUCUGCUAGUUUUAUUACAUCUUUUUUACUUUCGUCA